GGAGCAAGUAUAUUUCUUAAUCCAUUAUUUUGAAUAGGAGGAAAUGCCGAUUAAUAUGGGCGUAAUAUUUAUCAUGGAGAUUUAGUUGUGGAAAUAUUUAUGUAUAUUUUCAACACAUAGCAAUUAAAUUCAAUUUGCUAUAAUUUGCCUAGCCAGCCUGUAUAUAAUAGUACUUCAUAUGACUUUACUCCAUCAAGAAUUUUACUACAACUACUGCUAUAUAUUAAAGUCUUCCUUAUGGUUUUUGUGCAUGACACACUGCACUAGAAAAGAACAAAUUUAUAAACCCCUUCAUUCUUUUGCAGGCUAUCUUAUCAUGUAGUAAUCAUUUGCAUUCUGUCCUCUUUUCAGACAAUUUUGUACCCCAAAUUUCCACUGACAUUCAGAAAUUGUAAGUCAUUCUUGGAAUAAUUAAAGAUUUGUACCCUUUUUGGUUUAUAAAAUAUGGAUAGUUUGCUAUGUGAUGAAGUGUGGAUAGAAGAAGGAGGAGGAGGAUUCAACAAUGAUGUUGGGAAUGGUAGUUGUUUUUACUCAACCAAAGAAGAUUGUGAAGAAGCUUUUGAAAUUUUAUUAGACAAAGAGAUGAGUUACAUGCCUAAACCAGGCUAUGUUAAACUCAUAAAAGAGAAUUUUUUUAUUGAGAAUGCAAGGUUCAAAUCUAUUCAUUGGCUUAUUAAGUCACAAAGGCGGUGGAAUCUCUCUUUUGAAACUGUAUUUGGUGCUGCAAGUUACCUUGAUCGGUUUAUCUCUUUAAACAACUGCCAGGGAUGGAGUUACUGGAUGUUUGAGUUACUCUCAAUUGCAUGUUUGUCUGUGGCCUCUAAAUUCCAUGAGACAAGUCCCCCUCAAUUGCUUGAAUUACAGAUGGAAGGUGUUGAAAAUUUGUUUGAAUCAGCAAUGAUUCAACGUAUGGAAUUGGCAUUAUUGGAGACUUUAGGAUGGAGAUUAAAUUCACCAACACCAUAUUCAUACAUUGAAUUGCUUCAAUGGAAUAUCAAUCCACUCAAAUUAUCCCUCCUUCAAGAUUUUACUUCACGCGUCAAUGAGCUACUACUUGGAAUUCUUUUAGAUGCUAAAUUCUUGGAGUUUAGGCCUUGUGUUAUUGCACAAUCUGCUGUUACCUGCAUUUCUGAAGAUUUGUCUCUAUUAAUAGAGGACUCCUGUUUCAAUAACUUUACUGGGCUCAUCCCUCAAGACCAAAAGGAUGAUCUAAGCAAGUGUCAAAGAAUGAUGAAUAAACAAUUCUUGAUUGAGGAAUUUCAAGAAUUGGUAACAUGUGGUGGUUUUUAUUGUGGCCCUUCAAGUCCAGUGACUGUAUUAACAAAGCAGCAGCAUGACUUGUGUGAUUGUCAACUUCAUCAAUAUUCCUCCCUCUUCAAUAUUCCUCAAGGGGGCAUCAAUUUCAUAUCUAAUAUGAAUAAACGUAAAAGGGAACGUUGAUGAAUGCGUCGUUUGAGCCUCAAGUGGUUGAAAUAAUUGCUCUCGGACCAGAACUUUUUAUUUCCGUGAGCGAAUCUAUCAAAUUUGAUCAGCUCCAAAAUUGUUGUUUGUUAAUUUUUUGUUGUUGUAACUGAUUUCUCUUUUAAUCACUUUUAGCUAGAAGUUUAGGUAAGGAUCAAGAUUAAUUAUCAUUGGUCUAAUGCUAUUGACAUGUUGAACCGCAUAAAA